UUGUGUAAGUAUGGUGUUUAGGAAAAUGAUGAAAACCACUCCUCCAAAAGCUCUGGCUAUCAGAAUCAACUUGGUUUUCUUGGCAUUUUCAUUGCUCCUUUAUUCAAUCCUUCUCCUCUGCCCUUCUGCCUCUGACUUCCACGAGGGAGUUCAUCAUAAGAUGGAAAAUGGGAUUAAGAAGAAAUUGAUGUUAGAAGAGCCUAUGAAGGUGAGUUCUCGUAGGGCGUUGAUCAAGAGGGAGAAGCCGAGUUUCUUGGAUGGUAUUGGGAGGGGAAUGAGGAUAGGAAUGGUGAACAUGGAGGACGAAGAUGUUGCAGAGUGGAAGGCUAGUGAUGGGCAGGUGAUUCAUGUGUCGUAUGAGCAAGUCUCUGAGUUACUUGAAUGGAAGGACUUGUUCCCUGAGUGGAUAGAUGAAGAGGAGGAGGCCGAUGGCCCAUCGUGCCCUGAAAUCCCUAUGCCGGAUUUUGAUAAGUAUGGUUACAUGGACAUGAUUGUGGUCAAAUUGCCAUGCAAGGCUCCAAAUGAAGGGUGGAGUAGGGAUGUGGUUAGGCUUCAAGUUCACCUUGUGGCGGCGAAUUUGGCGGUGAGGAGAGGGAAAUGGGAUGAGAGGGGGAGGAUGAGGGUGCUGCUUUUGAGCAAAUGUAUGCCAAUGCUUGAACUUUUCACGUGCGAUGAGUUGGUCGGAAAGGAAGGGGAUUGGUGGUUUUAUAGACCGGAGAAGGAAAAGUUAGAGCGGAAAGUAUCGGGGCCGGUUGGAUCGUGCAAUUUGGCUAUGCCUCUAUGGGGUAAAGGAAUCAACCAAGUGUUUGAUGUGUCCAAAAUCAAAGGCGUCAGCAGCAAGAGUACACCAAGACGAGAAGCCUAUGCUACGGUUCUCCAUUCCAGGGAGGCCUACGUUUGCGGUGCAAUAACCCUAGCCCAGAGCCUCCUCCAGACCCGAACCCGACGAGACCUCGUCCUUCUCCUAGACACCUCCAUUUCCGAACCCAACCGCGACGCCCUUUCCCGGGCCGGGUGGAAGCUCCGAUUCAUUAAAAGGAUCCGGAACCCCAGAGCCGAGAAAAACUCCUACAACGAAUACAACUACAGCAAGUUCAGGCUGUGGCAGCUCACCGACUACGACAAGAUCAUCUUCAUUGACUCCGACAUCGUCGUUCUGCGUAACCUCGACGUCUUGUUCCAUUUCCCUCAGAUGUCGGCCACCGGCAACGACGGGUCGAUCUUCAAUUCGGGUGUAAUGGUGAUUGAGCCGUCCAACUGCACGUUCAGCAUGCUCAUGAGCCGCAGGAAAGAGAUAGUUUCUUACAAUGGGGGCGACCAGGGGUUCUUGAACGAGGUGUUCGUGUGGUGGCAUAGGUUGCCGAGGAGGGUUAACUUUCUGAAGAACUUCUGGUCCAAUACUUCCAGUGAGGCUACUGUCAAGAACCAGUUGUUCGGGUCGGACCCUCCCAAGCUGUAUUCGAUUCAUUAUCUCGGGUUGAAGCCGUGGCUUUGUUACAGGGACUACGACUGCAACUGGGAUAUCCCAGAACAACGGGUUUACGCCAGCGACGUGGCGCAUGCGCGGUGGUGGCGCGUGCACGACACUAUGGAUGAGGGAUUGAAGCAGUUCUGCGGGCUGCCGGAGCGGAGGAAGAUUGAGCUAGAAUGGGAUAGGAAAGUUGCCGCAAAAAUGGGGUUGAAUGAUAGGCAUUGGGAGAUCAAUGUUACAGAUCCAAGACGAUUUCUCUGAUUUUAUUUUAUUUAUUUAUUUUUUGCUUCUUUAA